AUGCCAUCCACCACUCGCUCGUCUCGACGGAGCCGCGAAGAUAAACCUGCCUCAACCACGGCGGAAGAGGUCAACGAAGCACUGAAAUCAGAAAGGAAACGAGGACUGAGCCAGGCGCAAGCUCCACCGUCAAAAAGACCAAAAAAGCCAAGCUCCACCAGCGAACAAAUACGGUCUAAUUCCAAGCCCAGUGUCAAGGGAAAUCUAGAGGAUACGGACAUUGCAGUGACAGGGGAUUCAAAGGAUAAAGUACCAACGAACAGAGAAGCAGACAGCAUAAAAGAAGUGAAGACGGCCCACGGAAAAAAGGAGGAAAUUGUGCCAGCCAAAACCACCGUCCAGAGGAAACGAAAGGUCAAGGAAGAUACAUCCACUGAGAUGGCACCCCUUGCCUCCCGUGCUACCGGACUUCGAAUGCUGGUAGGAGCUCAUGUUAGCGCGGCAAAAGGGGUUCAAAAUUCAAUUUCAAACAGCAUGCAUAUUGGCGGCAACGCAUUUGCAUUGUUUCUUAAAUCCCAAAGGAAAUGGGAUAACCCUCCGCUCCAGGAUGGGCACAGAGACCACUUCAGAAAAGCAUGUGCAGAAAAUAACUACGAUGCAUCAAAGCACAUCCUCCCACACGGCUCAUACCUCGUGAAUUUGGCACAGGAGGAUCCAGCAAAAGCAAAGGUUGCGUAUACCUCGUUUUUGGAUGACCUGCGCCGCUGCGAGGCCCUUGGUAUUAAACUAUAUAACUUUCAUCCUGGGGCUACAAAUAAAGCGUCGCUUGAGUCUUCCCUUUCUCGACUAGCCAAGUCUCUCAUAUCAGCCCUCGAUGCCACAGAAACAGUCAUUCCCGUCCUCGAAACAAUGUGUGGCCAUGGAACGACCAUUGGUGGUCCUCUUUCUCACUUCCGUGACCUAUUUGCAUUAAUCCCUGAAUCCUACCACUCUCGACUUGGCAUCUGUGUCGACACAUGUCACAGUUUUGCCGCAGGAUAUGACCUGCGAACUCCCACCGGCUGGGAAAAGUUCAUGACCGAAUUUGAUGAAACCAUUGGUCUCAAGUUCUUACGAGCAUGGCAUUUAAACGAUUCAAAAACUCCGCUUGGUAGUAAUAGAGACCUCCACGCCAAUAUCGGAACAGGUUUUCUAGGGUUGAGGGCAUUCCAUAACUUGAUGAAUGACAAGAGAGUUGAAGGGAUGCCAAUGAUCCUAGAAACGCCAAUCGAUAGACCCAUGGAGGAUGCCAGUGAAAACGAACAAAAGGGCGAAAAUGAAGCAGUAGAUAGCGAAAGUGGGAACGAUAAAAAGGAAAAGGCCAAGGGCAAAAAGAAACCCACGGCUACAAAGGUCGCCAAAGGCAAGAAGACAAUCGAAGAUAAGUCUGUCUGGGCCAGAGAAAUAAAGCUCCUCGAAAGUCUGAUUGGCAUGGACCCCGAAAGUGAAGAAUUCCUUGCCUUGGAAGCCAAAUUAGCGGAAGAAGGAAAAGAAGAGCGGGCAAAACACCAAGCCAUGUUUGAUAGGAAGGAAAAGGAGAAGGGCGGCAAAACUAAGGACAUACGGUCCAUGUUUGCUAAAGGGAAAACUCAGAGAAAGGGUGCAGCAAGAAAGAAGGAAGAGAGCAGUGAGGAAGAGAGCGACGAAGAGUGUGGUAGUGGACACGAAUGA